AUGAACAGAAUCAAGAAUUAUACUAAAAUGCCAAGAAAUAGUGAGGGCGCCAAUGAGACUAAUAUGCAUGCCGACGCUUGUCGCCUCAUCGCAAAUACGAAUAAUCCUCCAGAUAAUAGAAAUGGGAGAGAAAAUUCAUGGAAUGCAGGAGUGCAAAUGUUCGUGUCAUUCCUUCUGGCUGGUUAUGGAAUGGUUGCGGCCAGUUUAUUGCUAGAUCGAGUGCAGCAUUGGAAUGUGUUUGAAACAGUCCCUGAAGUAUACAUUUUGGUACCGGCCCUUCUAGGUUUGAAGGGUAACUUAGAGAUGACAUUGGCUUCACGAUUGUCAACACAUGCACAUUUGGGGCAUAUAGACAACAAUCUAAGUAUAUUAGUUAUUGGCAAUUUAUGUCUCAUUCAAUGCCAAGCAGUACUUGUGGGAUUUCUGGCUGCUAUGGCAGCAGUAGCUAUGGGAUGGAUACCAGAUGGACAGUUCGAUAUUCACCAUGCAAUGUUACUUUGUGCUUCAAGUGUCUUAACAGCCUCAUUUGCCAGUUUGGUUCUUGGAUUGAUAAUGAUUGGUGUUAUAGUACUUUCAAAACAUAUGGACAUAAAUCCAGAUAAUGUAGCUACACCAAUAGCUGCUAGUUUAGGAGACUUGACAACAUUAGCAUUAUUAUCAUGGAUAGCAUCUUUAUUACAUACAUCAAUUGGUACAAGCAUAAUAUUACCUACUUUAAUUAUUAUUGGUGGUUUAAUUUUAGUACCAGUUUGUGGAUAUAUAGCAUAUGAAAAUAAGUUUACAAGACAAGCUCUAGAUGAAGGAUGGGUACCUGUAGUAUCUGCAAUGGUCAUAAGCAGUGCUGGAGGCUUAAUUUUAGACUAUACUGUUUCAAAUUAUAAAGGAAUUGCAGUUUUUCAGUUAGUUAUCAAUGGAAUAGGAGGUAAUAUGGUUGCAGUGCAUGCAUCAAGGCUUUCGACGUCCUUGCAUACUGGACAAAAAGCAGACAAUGUUUUCAGCAGCACCACUAAACUUUUAUUGGUGAUGGUGAUCCCAAGUCAACUUAUUUUUAUUCAUACUAUUGAAUAUCUAAAGGCUGGUCAUACUUCCUUAACUCCAAUAUUUAUUCUCAUUUACAUGUCUGCUGCCCUUUUGCAAGUGUUUCUAUUAUUAACAAUCAGCCACUAUAUGGUUGUAGCUAUGUGGAAGCUAGGUAUGGAUCCAGACAACUCAGCAAUACCAUAUUUAACAGCUUUGGGUGAUCUUUUAGGCACAGCAUUAUUAGGCAUUGCUUUCCAUAUUUUAUUUGCUAUUGGUGAUAAAGACAGUGAUUUAGGUGACUGA